GACUUUUAAAGGCUAGUUAUACCAUGUCCCCAUCAGGAUAUCACGAUAGAAACCUUUAUUAAGCCCGCAUUAUACUUAUAGGAUCAGCAAUCAGAUCAUUAGUUCCUGCGUUAUCAAAUCCGUGAGCCAAUAAGCACCAAAUACUUAAAUGCAACUUAGCGAUAGGGGAAACCCGAACCCCACGCGAAUCAGCAGAGCGAGCCCGUCAUCAGUAAGCAAGGAUAUCCGACAUUUCAAUUGAAAAUGAACAUAAAUUCUUCCCCAAAUCUUGACUCCUUUUGGUGCUACCACGUACAGCAGUAAUAGCGCUGCUAGCAAAAGAAAACAUGGCUGUACAGCAGCACGAGUCGAAGGAACCCGAUUCGUCCUUGACAGAUACUCCGCAGAGGCUGAGAAACGCCGAGGAUGAUCUUGAGGUUGCCUUGCAUGGCACUAAAAGAGCUAUCAAAUCGCGCCAUGCGCAGAUGCUUGUUAUAGGUGGUACCAUUGGCACUGGACUCUUUGUCGGGACGGGGCAGGCAUUGGCAAUCGCGGGCCCUGCCUUUCUCUUCUCUGCGUACUUGGUGAUCUGUUUUCUCGUCUACGGCAUCGUCACCGCGAUUGUCGAAGUCGGUGCCUAUCUGCCGGUGUCGGGCAUGUCCGUAGCGUACUACGGAAACCGAAUGGUGUCACCUAGUCUUGGCUUCGCCUUGGGUUGGCUGUAUUGGUAUACCUGGGGUAUAAGUGUCGCGUACGAGAUCACAGCCGCCGCAGUCGUGAUUAGCUAUUGGCCAACCACUGUUCCAGUUGCUGUAUGGAUCACGAUAAUGCUAGUAGUAAUUGUCGCACUGAACUUCUUUCCUGUUGGAGUCUACGCCGAGGUGGAGUUCUGGUGUGCGUCAAUCAAAGUUUUCACCAUCAUUGGGCUCUUGAUUCUAUCAGUGGUCUUAUUCUUCGGUGGCGGGCCAAACCAUACUCGCUUGGGCUUUUGGUACUGGCAGGACCCUGGCGCGACUAAUCAAUACCUCGUGGGAGGUGCCGGCGGUCGGUUCUGUGCUUUUUUGUUCACCCUUAUCUACUCCUGCUUCAGCUUCAACUUCAGUCCCGAGUUGAUCAUCAUCACAGCAGGCGAGAUGAAGUCUCCCCGCAAGAACCUUCCAAAGGCCGCUCUGCAUUUCAUCUGGCGCUUAAUCAUGUUUUAUGCCCUUGGUGCGCUUGCUAUUAGUGUCAUAUGUCGAAGUGACGAGUCGGCGUUAACCAACGGUGGAAAAGGGGCAGCCGCAUCCCCAUGGGUUAUCGCUAUCAAGAACGCUGGAAUUCAUGCAUUAGACAGUAUUAUCAAUGCCGUGAUCAUAACAUCAGCUUGGUCUAGUGGGAAUUCGGUAUUAUACAUGUCCAGCCGCUCAUUAUACUCUCUUGCCAUAGUUGGAAACGCACCUAAGAUAUUCAGCUAUUGCAACAAGCACGGGGUACCAGUCCAUGCGGUUAUAGCUUCGAGCUUAUUAUCUUUGUUAGCAUACCUAAAUGUCGGCAUUGUUAGUGGCAUUAUGUUCAAUUGGUUCGUAAGUAUCAUUAACACGGCGGCAUUCAUAAGCUGGGUUUGUUGCUGCCUCAUUUAUUUUCGCUUCAAAAAGGCAUGUAUCGCACAGGGCAUAUCUAAUUCUGAUUUGCCCUAUACAAGUGUCUUACAGCCAUGGGCAGCGUGUAUUGCUAUUGUAGCAUUCGGCGUCUUUGGGCUACUAAACGGAUUUCAGGUAUUCUUCCCGAGUCGAUUCACUGUAUCCGGCUUUCUUACAGCGUACAUUGGGAUUCCAGUAUUCUUGUUCAUAUACCUGGGCCACAGAAUCUCGGUUAGGAAAGACCCCUGGAUUAGGCCACCCGACUCCGUUGAUCUAAAAACGGGGUUGGCAGAUAUAUUGGCAGAUGAAGAAGCCGAUGCCGCCAUCGAAGCGCUGAUUCCCUCUACCAAACAUAAUCGAAACCGGUGGUUAAAGAAGAUGUGCAUAGUAUGGGGAUGGUACUAAAGUGACAUUCACCUGUUCAAAAACAGUAUAGACUUCCGUAGUCCCCAGCUUACGCCGAGGGCCGAAGCCGAAACCGAAGCCGGACGCGUAUAGGAAACGAGAAGGAGAAGAACGCUAGAGAUCAACUUAUCCCUAAAGUAGAAUGUCUUUAGUCUUUAAAUGUAUCCGCAUUUUCAAUAGUAACCUAUCAGCGAGGCAACAACUCCGUCUAAUAUAACCCAUACUCAUAUGAAUAUACGCUUUUGACUAACCGACUCGAGG